UCUUUCCAAAACCGAAUUUUUUGAAGAUUUUUCCUCUAAGCUUAAACUUUUUUUAUUUAAAAACUACUCCCAUUUCCUCAACAGAUGCGCGUUCACAGAACUUCAUUUUCCUCAAUGAGCACCCACCAACAACAACAUUCAUCAAAUAUUCCCCACCAUCACCGUGGGGGAGGAGGGACAAGUGCUUCUGCCCGUCCAAGUAUUAGUGCUGGUUGUGGUUCUGGAAUUCGCCAACCUGUAGCGCUGAGAGCACUCCCUCCUGGGCAUCAUUUGGAAAAUAGAAGAUGGUCUCUAGCUUCGUUACCUUCAUCUUCUGGAUAUGGGACGCCUGGAACGAAUUCUGCUUAUUCGAGCCAAUAUUCUUCCCAAGAAAAUUUGGCUAGCAUUAUUGGUGAUAUGCGUAUUCGAGACCGUUUUGACAGUAAUGAAAGCUAUGCUUGCUGUUUAGGCGAUGAUUUUGGUGGUUUAAUGCGUCCUCGUUCUCGUAGUUUAACAAGCCCAGUCCCUCAUUUAUUUGAACGCUUGGGUGUCGAUUCUCCAAUGAUGCUUUCUUCAGUUUACAAGGAAAGAUUCCCUAAAGCCAAACUUCAAAUGGAAAAUCGUUUAAUGCAAUUUCUCACACAAAAUGCACCAUUGAGCGGAUUUACUUCACAAAUGCUUCAAUUAAAUAUUGUGCCUCCUUCUCCGAUGCCCACUCGUUGUGAACAACAAUCUUCUUCUCUUGUGCCACCAUCUCCACGUCCACAAUCGCCAAAUUUACUUACUCGACCACUUUCUCCUUUAGUAACAGAAUCGGCGACAGCAAUUGGAGAUUCAGUAAUUCAUCAUCGUUCGUCUAAUACAAAUUUUUUGAGUGCUGGGUCUGCUGGUGGAUUUUCCCCUGGAAAUUCGUUUUUUGGUGGUGGUCAACAAUUAAAUCAAGGACAGGAUGGAGGAAAUGGAGGAGGAGAUCAAUUAUCAACUAAUACCCCGCCAAUAAUAACCUCCUCAACAAUUUCCUCCUCUCCAUUAUUUGGUUGUUCAACAAAUGCUCCCCCAAUAGACCCUCAAUUAUUACGUUUAAUUUCUGAUGGUGCUACACGUUUUUUACAUCAUCAAUUAUGUGAAAUUGCUGCAGAUUGUUUACAAAAAAGUCGGGAUGAUUUGUUAAAUUGUGUUUAUUUUUGUUCAAUGUCUGUUAGAUUGGAUGAAACUUUGGCUGAGGCUGAAAUGAAAGUUGGACCAGAAUCUUAUAAAUAUUUAUUUCGUCUAGUCAAACAAAUGUUAAUGAUUGUUUCUAGAACUGCUAGACUUUUGGAAUGCUUGGAAUUCAACCCUGAUGAAUUUUAUCAAUUACUUGGAGAUGCAGAAGUUGCAGUACGUGAACAAUUAGGUUCUGGCUCUGCUCGUGUUCCAGAUUUGCCUCAAUAUAUUUUGACAAAAUUGGGAUUAAAUAAAAAUUUAUCUUCUUUGGAAAAAAAUAUUGGAGAACAAGCUGGGGAUGGGGCUGGAGAGGAGGAUGAGGAAGAAAAUGAGGAUGAAUUUGGACAGAAUAAAGGACAAAAAGAUGCUCAUUUGACAGCACAAGAUUCUUCAGACAAGUUAAUAUUACCUCCUCAAACAACUAGAGAAGCACCAAAAGAAGAAGAUUUUGAAAAUAUUCGCCUAAUAAGUAAUGGGGCUUAUGGAGCUGUUUAUUUGGUUAAACACAAAAAAACUAGACAACGUUUUGCUUUAAAAAAGAUGAAAAAACAUACUUUAUUGUUGAGAAAUCAAGUUGAACAAGUUUAUGCUGAAAGGGAUAUUUUGACAUUUACUGAUAAUCCUUUUGUCGUUUGUUUUUACGGAUCUUUCGAAACAAAACAACAUUUAUGUAUGUUAAUGGAAUAUGUUGAGGGAGGGGAUUGUGCUUCUUUAUUAAAAUCUGCCGGUACUUUACCAAUCGAAUUAGCUCGUCUUUAUGUAGCCGAAACUGUAAUGGCUGUUGAAUAUUUGCAUUCUUGUGGAAUUGUUCAUAGAGACUUGAAGCCAGACAAUUUAUUAAUUACUUCUAUGGGGCAUAUUAAAUUAACUGAUUUUGGACUUUCGAAGAUUGGAUUGAUGAAUAGAACAACUUUGGUGUCUGAGGGUUAUCUUCAAGAUGACACACAACAAUUCAAAGAUAACCAGCUUUGUGGAACUCCAGAAUAUAUUGCCCCAGAAGUAAUUUUGAGACAAGGAUAUGGUGGGUGGAAGAAAUUAUUUUCUGAAAAAUUUUUUUCUUUAGGAAAGCCAGUAGAUUGGUGGGCUUUGGGCGUCAUUCUUUACGAAUUUCUUGUUGGAAUUGUUCCAUUUUUGGGUGAUUCGCCUGAGGCGCUUUUUGCAAAUAUAAUAAAUGAAGAAGUGGAGUAUCCAGAAGGAGAGGAGGCUCUAAACCCUGAUGCCGAAUCUCUCAUUCGAAUGCUUCUCGAAAAAAACCCUGCAGACCGUCUUGGAACUAUGGGAGGUGCUGGGCAAGUGUCCUCACAUCCUUUCUUUGCUCCUAUCGACUUUGGCACAAUUUUACGACAAAAAGCAGAAUUUGUGCCUCAAUUGGAAAAUGAUGAAGAUACCUCUUAUUUUGACUCGAGAACGGAUCGUUAUAAUCAUGAUGCGGAGUCCGAAGUUGCUGAGGAUGAUGAACAAGUACCUAUGUUUUGGUCAUUUUCCACCGCUUCUCCACGUCACAGUAUUGUUGGAGGUUUAGAACUUCCCAUAGGUGGAAUGGCUAUGUUACAAGCUGCACAUGCUGCUGCUAUAGAAAGGAGUCAACAACAACAAUUACAAAAUUCACAACAACAACACGAUUUGGAUAGUGACGAUAAAGCUUCUUCUGGGGUUGGAAGUGCUCCAGGAUCUAUUUCUUUAGGUCUUCCUCAGCAACCAAGUAGUAGAUGUGUUUCGAGGAAUGCUGAUUUGCUCCAAGAACCAACUUCCUUAUCACCAUCCGAACAACUCCAAACCCGUCCAAAAUCUUCUACAACAAAUCAACGUUUAAACGAAUUUUCUGGAGCUGAUGUAAUUCCUUCUGCUGUCAUUUUACGAAGACGUUUCUCUAGUCAAAGACAUUCAAACACUACAAAUAUGUCUACUAGUAGUAGUGGAACUACUGGGACUGGUGCUGGUGGACAAACAACAAAUACGUGUUCAUCGACGGAUUCUUCUGUUGAUGUUUCUCAUUUUCAAUAUGAUGCUUCUAGGAAGAGUCAUGGACAGUUACCGAGGUUGGCAAUUUCUCCAUGUGCCAGUGUUGUAACAAGCUCUAAUCCUUCCUCUUCCACCCAUUUACCAUUACAACGUCGCCCUGAAGAAUUGUUACAAGCAAAUGAACACCACACACAAUUACAACAUCUUUCUCCAGUGCAAGAACGUUGGCAAGAAAAUAGUGGAGGGGGAGGUGGGGGAAAUGUUGUUAUUAGAAGGGUACAAAAGAAGCGUCCUUCUACUGUUGUACAUGAAUUGAUUACGGAUUCAUCCCAACAGCAACAACAACAAAAUAAACAACAACAAAUUCCCCCAAUAAAUUCCCCCCAAUUAAACCGCCAACUUCGUUCAACUUCUUGUCGUAUUCCAAACACAACAAAAGCCCCACCGGAAACCCUUAAAGUUCAAAUACCUCAACAACAACAACAAACUAGUUCUAAUAAUUCUUCUCCUCAAACAAGUACAACGAAUACAAUAUAUUAUCAUUCUUACGGGUUAAAUGCUGCUCAACAAGUCCAUAGCAGCUCAUCUGGUCAACAAUCUCCCUCAUGCGCCUCGGUCUCUAGCGCUUCCUCUUAUGAAUGUCAAAAACAACAGCAACAACCCCCAGCAGAACCCUGUGGACCUUCUUUGGAAGUUCAUCAAUCUGGUCACUCAACAACAACCCUUCCAUCUCCAUGUUCUUUAUUACCCCCUCCCUCUUCUUUACAUCCUAUAAAUCAUCGAACAUCUAUUUCUGGUGGUUUAUCAAGGCCUAUAGUUAUUAGAAAAGGUGCUCAAGGAUUUGGAUUUACAAUUAGAUCUGUGAGGGUUUAUUUAAGCGAGCUUUCUGAAUAUUACUCAAUUGAACACAUUGUGUCUGCUGUACGUGAAGGUUCUCCUGCAUGGGAGGCUGGAUUGAGGGUUAAUGAUUUAAUCUCGCAUGUGCAUACACAAUCGGUUCACAAUAUGACACAUCCCCAAUUAAUGCAUAGACUUCUUUCCUGUGGAAACGAAUUAACUGUCCAUGUAGUCCCGUUAACAAAUACAUCAAUUAAAGAAGGAGAACCUCGCCGGAAUGUUGGAAAACCUUUAAGGAAAAAACCUUUACGUCGACCAACAACAAAUUUAAGGGGAGGAGGAGGAAGUAAUGGUGGAGGGGGAAAUGGACGUGUUAAAGGUGGUGGAGGAGGGGGAGGAAGUUCUGCUGCUGCUUUAGUAGCUAAUUCUUCAUUAUUGAGGAGAUUAAGUGGAAAAAGAGGGAAUGCUGUAGAUAUUGUGCCGGGUACUUCAUCCCAAAAACAAACAUUUAUGCCUCGUUCAGUAUCUAGUCAAGAAGGUGUUUUAGUCUCAAAUUCUUCUUCUAAUGUUGCAACUUGUUCAAUUUCUUCUACUUCCCAAGAACAUCAACAACAAAACAAACAAUAUUUAACAGCUCCGGGAGCAGAAUUAAUAUCAGCCAAUUCAACAACAUCAAAAAAUUCACAAACGACAAAAAGACUUUCAAUACCUUCAGCUUCAGUUUUAUUGGAUUCUGUUAGGAGAAAAUUGUAA